AUGGAAUUAAUUCUUUUCGUUUAUGAAAUAUUAAAAAGUUUAUUUAUUUUAAUAAAUCCUAUGUCAUUACGUUUACCUUAUAGAAGAGUUAAUCAUCAAAUUCGAAUGAGAAAUAAUCCAUUAAGAAAUAAUAUGGAUAAUUUUACAAGAUUAGAAAGUUGUAUUUGUGUAUCACCCGUAAAAUUUAAUUUUAAAGAUUCUAAUGAAAAUUUUUAUCCAAGAUCUGGGCAUUCUGUUAUUUGUACAGGGACAAAUUUUUUUAUUAUAGGUGGUUAUUAUGAUUAUCCAAAUGCUGGAAUAUUUAAAGAAAUUUAUCAAUAUAAUAAACAUGCUAAUACUAUUGUAAAAUUAUCGGUAAAAAAUUUACCAAAAGAAAUUCUAUCAAAUUCAGCAGUUAAUUUUCCUAUUAAUGCAAAAGAAAUUGAGGAAUCAAUAUUAAUGUUUGGAGGUACAGGUAUUCCAUUUAGUGAAAAUAUUUCACAUGAAUUAUAUUGGAUUAGAAAAACAUUUGAUGAAUGGGAAUGUGUACCAUGUGAAUGUAAUAGUAAUAAACCAAAUAAAAGAUAUGGAUGUUCUAUGAUUUAUGAUUAUGACAAUAGUAGUAUUUAUAUUUCAGGUGGUACUGAUGGUUUUAUAUAUUAUAGUGAUAUUUGGAAAGGAAAAAUUAAAGUAAAAUAUGAUGUUGAAAAUAAGAAUUUUACAGUUUCUGUUGAUUGGGAAUUAAUAUUAGCUUCAGGAUUUCCUCAUGAAAAUGGUGUAUAUAAACAUCGAAUUAUCUUACGUGAUAAUAUAGUAUGGUCUUUUGGUGGUGGAAAUACUUCUCAAGUUUUUGGUUUUAAAGAUGUAACAACAUAUAAUAUGUUAACAAAAGAACUUAUAAUAAGAAAUGAUAUUAAAGGUGAAUUAAAUAAAGAUGGAAUAUAUAUAUAUCCUAUAGCAAGAAAAUGUUUUGGACAUUGUGAAUAUAAUAAUAAAUUAAUUAUAUGUGGUGGACAGGGUAGAGAACAAAUACCAAAUCCAACAGAAAAUUCAUUUCGUGAUUUAAAUGAUAUAUGGGAAUUUGAUUGUAAUGAAAUUAAAUGGACACGAAUAAAGGCAGUAUUUUUACAUCCAUGUUAUUUUAAUAGUUGUGAUAUUGAUGUUGAAGGAACUUUAAUAACAUUUGGUGGUGUUAAUAAACGUCGUUCAAGAAAUAAUCAUUUAUAUAAAAUUAAUUUAAUACCAAGAAAAUUAGUUUCAUUGGUUCUUGAAAACAUUAUGUUACAAAAUACUAGUAUUAUGAAAAAUGUUGAAGUUCUAGGUGACAAUUAUGGUUAUAAUUAUCAUGAUGCAGCAAAAAAUAUAAUUGAUCAAUGGAAAUAA